AUGCCAACAGUGGGGGUGAAACGUGACGAGCUGUUUGCGGCCUUAGGCCAAACUUAUACAGAUGAGGAGUUUGAUGUGCUAUGCUUCGAGUUUGGGAUCGAAUUGGACGACGUGACGAGCGAAAAACAGCUCAAACAGCGCGAGACCAAGGGCCAAUUAAAGGAUCACUCAGCUCACUCGGACGCUGUGCUCUACAAGAUUGACGUGCCCGCGAAUCGUUACGAUCUCCUUUGUGUUGAGGGAAUUGCUCGUGCCCUGCGUAUUUUUCUAGAAAAAGAACGCCCACCUGUGUACAGGCUAGCACCCCGAGCCAAUGGCGCGCUCCACCUUACAGUCAAGGCCGAUACCAAGCUGGUUCGUCCAUACGUCGUGUCAGCCGUGCUACGCGACGUUCAAUUUACGCAGGAACGGUACGAUAGCUUCAUCGAUUUACAAGACAAGCUGCAUCAAAACAUCUGUCGCCGCCGUACGCUCGUAGCUAUUGGUACACACGACUUGGACACUAUUCAAGGGCCCUUUACCUACAAUGCGCUACCCCCUAAAGAGAUCAAAUUUAUACCGUUAAGUCAAGACAGGGAAUUCGACGCUAAAGAACUGCUGGAUUUCUACCGAACCAACCCGGAAGUCAAACACAUCAAGCCAUACACCGAUAUCAUUUAUGACUCACCCGUGUAUCCUGUUAUCAUGGACAAAAACGGCGUGGUCUUAUCAUUACCACCCAUUAUAAAUAGCGAACACUCUAAGAUUUCUCUUGACACGAAAAACGUUUUCUUUGAAAUUACGGCCACGGACAUCACGAAGGCCAAGAUAGUGCUCAACACCAUGAUUGCUAUGUUCUCCGAGUACUGCGCCAAGCCGUUUACUGUUGAGCCGGUACAGAUCAAUUACGAAGAUCAGACAGUAUAUAAGAACGAAUUGACUCCCGAUCUCAACAAUCGCUCGGUUGAAGUACAGAUCAAAAAUAUUCAGUCCAUGCUGUUUGGCAAAAGGGAUCCAAUAGACCUUGACGUUGAUCGAAUCUGUAAGCUGUGCGACAAGAUGCAAUUAGACGCAAAGCCCUCCGGCAAUAAAAACACUAUAAUUGCAGAAGUACCAAUCACGCGUUCGGACAUUCUGCACCCCGUGGAUGUGAUAGAGGACAUAGGUAUUGCCUACGGCUUCAACAACAUCCCGUUGACGGUUCCUCAGACGCAGACUAUUGGAAUGGCUCAGCCUUUGAACAAGCUGAGCGAUCUUCUUCGCGAUGAGAUCAGCCGUGCCGGCUACAUCGAGCUGCUCACUCAUGGUCUAUGCUCUCAUAAAGAAAAUUUUGAAUAUCUUAACCGCGCGGACGAUGGCCACACGGCUGUUGUAUUGUCCAAUCCAGCCACUGUUGAAUUUGAAGUUGUCCGGACAUCAAUGUUGCCAGGUGUUCUGAAAACGAUUCAAAACAACAAGGCCAUGUCGAUCAAAGAAGGCUUAAAGUUGUUUGAAGUUUCGGAUGUUGUUGUGAUUGAUGAUGAUACGGAAACUGGUGCGAAGAAUAUACGUCGUAUUUGUGCUGCGUAUACCGGACCAACCGAUGGAUUCGAAAUUAUCCAUGGUCUGGUAGAUCGCAUUAUGCAGUUGAUGGGCAUUCCGUCCGAAUUAGAGAUGCCUGCCGGCACAAAAGAGUUCUACACUGUCGCGCCCGCGGAAGAACGAACGUAUUUCCCUGGUCGUUGUGCGUAUCUAAUGUUGCAGAAGGAGGAUGCUAAACCUCAGCGGCUCGGUGCCUUUGGAGUACUAAACCCGGUGGUUCUAAAGAAUUUCGACUUGCUUAACCCGACAUCCGUUCUCGAGAUAGAUUUGGAACCUCUGGCGAAUUUGCUCGGCGAAUUAAUAGAAGACACUUUUCUUAGAACUAAGACUUCCAAACUUUAUUUUAUUGCCAUUGUGCUUAUAACUAUGGACGGUAACAAGCUGGAUCGGGAAUUGCUCUCGCUAGCCGAUACCAUCAGCAUAAGCAAUCCCAUCACUUUUGGACAAAAGACUACUUGGCGUACGUCACUAAAGAAUGCAGAGCUUGUAGCAAAGCAAGAAUAUCAUAUUGCGGAGUCAUUGCCACCCAAAUUUGUGCUGACUGAGUCGCAGAAUGCCAAAAAGGCCAAUGCAACGAACCCGAAGAUAAUAAAUGAUGAUGGUAGUAUCAUUGCAAGAAACGUUGACGAUGAUUCGAUUGAAGUGGCUAUAGAGGUUUUGCCAAAACGCGUCCCGCUCGCGAAACGGAGUCACAUGGAUGGGAUCCUCCGUGGUGUUCCUGGUGGCUCCAUGCAGAUAAGUACCACUCAACAGCGCGCAUUUGUGUAUGACAGCGAAAUGAACACCAUGAAUUGCGGCAAAGAUACUAGUCAUCACCGUAAGCGCGACGCAUAUUCUGACUAUGUAGAGGCUCGUGCACGAUUUAGCAAGAUGCACAGCGUCAAGUAA